AUGGUGACAUCAGUUGAGAAAGUGGAGGCUCACACUGUGAUACGGUUCCUGCAUUUGCAAGGGAAGUCUGCCAGGGAGAUCGCUGUGUAUCAGGAAGGUGUACCAUCAUAUGACACAAUGGUGUGUCAAGACAAAAAGGUGGAAUUUUUCGACCACCUGAUCAUGACAGAUGAAUGUUGGGUCUAUCAUUAUGACCCUGAAACAAAGGAAAUGAGCGAGCAUUGGAAACAUGCAGACUCGCUGCAAGCAAAGAAGGCCAAAUCCCAGCCGUCAUCAGGAAAGGUGAUGUUGAGCAUGUUCUGGGAUCGGUGGGGUGUUAUCAUGACCAACUACGCGUAA